AUGGUCAAGACAACCACCAAGUUGCCCAAAACCAACCACAGGUUCUCUAUUGAGCGUGAUCGCACUGUGUCCAGGACCCAGUCUCUCUUCGAUAACGUGGUGGGCCACUUCCGCAUCAAUAAAACUCGGCACCACUGGGUAGCAGGCUACUCAAACAAGGCAAUGCCGCGAAAUACACCAGCAAGCCUUGCCAUAGAACAUGGCUCGGGUGAUGACACAGCACAUCUUAGUCGUGUGGCACAGAGACUCUGCAGCAUCCUCAGCCUUUUCGGACAGCCUGGAUUUAGCAAUGACCUGGAUGUUAUUGAGAAAACCUAUGCAGAUGAAAUAAGGGAGCAGAAAGAUGUUUCUGCGCUUCAAAGGUCUAUCUGCACAAUUUGGCAGGUCAAACAACAAGAAAUAAGCGAACUUGAGGAAAAGAUCUCUGAGUUCGAAAAGCAAAAGUCUGAGAAUGAAAAGGCUGUCAAAGCUGCAAAAAGGGAACGCGUGGAGCUGGAGAAGCAAAAGAAAGAUUUAGAGAGGGCUCGUGGGGAAGAGAAGUCGAGAAUGGAGGAAGAGAGUCGAAAGAAGCUACAGGCGAAGGAGAAGGAACUCGACAAAGCCUCUCAAAAGAAAAUUGAAAAGGCAAAGGCAGAUAUCAAGGCAGCAUAUGACACGUUGAAAGCCGACAAAGAGAUGCUCGAGAAACAGUCCUCAGCCUCGGAAAAGGCGCUGAAAGAUGAGAUCCAUGAUCUCCAACUGAUAAAGAAAUCGCUCCGUGCCGAGAAUGCAGAGUUGAAAAUUAGACUGAGCGCUUGGGAACCUCAUCUUGGUGUUGCCAAGAUGUCCCCUAGUAACUACCGUGACCGCCUCCGCGAAUUGUCUGAGGAUAUCAACAAUUUCGCUGAGCGAUACUUCGAUGCGAUUCCGGAAAAUAUCGAGAUCGUCGGCUCAUUGGGCAAGUAUGAAAAGCUCUCGGAGGCCAGCCCAAUUUUUGAGUAUACCUCACUGUCGGCUGCACCUAUCUCCAAGUACAUGAGAAAGGCCGCUGUUCGACAGUUCAUCUCCACUCGGGUGGUCCUCAUACUUGAAAGUCAGUUGCUUGUUCAAGAAGGCCAAACAACCGCGGCAGAGUUCUUGCAAAAUAUCUCCGCAAGUUUGGAUCCUCCUGUUCGAACAGUUUGGAAGACCAUUACUGCCAAAGGGCUGGACCAAGUUCCGGACUUUUCCGUUGACACGUAUGCGCAGCGCUUCGCAGAGCAUACGCUUGGUCUGCUUCAAUCCUUGGUCAAAAAUAGCCGGGAUCAAGUUGUCGACGACCUGAAGAAAAUUUUCGCGGUGGCUCUGAACAUUUGGAAGACCAAACGGAACAAUAGCGAUCAAAUUGUCAUUAACAAUGCUCCUGAUCCAUCAGAUGGUGUAUGGCAGGUCGACACACAGCAAUCACUUCUGAUAAAUGAACAGAACAUUGAGCCAAACAAGAACCGCCCACAGUGCAAGAAGCCGAAACCGUUCGCCCUCUUUCCCCAAGUUAUUGGGGAAUUUGAGAGUGAUAGCGGGGACGGUAAGACGACACGAGAGAUUUUGCACCCGGGGAUCGCGCUUUUCUCUGACUCCCCGGUAUAUAAUUUAGCGUUGGACGAUAUGGAGGAGCUCAAAAUCCAGUUCAGGGGGCUCCAUCAACGUCACCCAUCCUCGCCCAUUUCCCCCCAGAGUUUCAUAAAAUUUUCAAUUCCAAAUAAGCUGGGUACGAAUGGUAUUGCCUCAUAA